AGAAGUAUCUGUGUUCACAGAAAACAUUUUUUUUUAAAUCCAAAAAGAUGAAAACAACCAGGUUUCUUUUAGAAGAUAACCAAGUCAACACCCCAUGAGUAGAAUCAACAAGAACGUGAUUUUGGCCCUGUUAACACUGACAAGUUCUGCAUUUCUGUUGUUUCAGUUGUACUACUACAAGCACUAUUUGUCAGCAAAGAAUGGAGCUGGUUUAUCAAAAUCCAAAGGAAGCAGAAUUGGAUUUGAUAGCACACAGUGGCGUGCAGUUAAAAAGUUUAUUAUGCUAACAUCUAGCCAAAGUGUACCAGUGUUCCUUAUUGAUCCUUUGAUUCUGGAACUAAUUAAUAAGAACUAUAAACAAGUGAAUAAUACUUCUCUUGGCUCUGCUUCGGAAUGCAAGUUUUUCUGUGUUGCAAGAGACUUCACUGCAUUUGCAUUGCAGUAUCAUCUAUGGAAGAAUGAGGAAGGCUGGUUUCGCAUAGCUGAGAACAUGGGGUUUCAGUGCAUAAAGAUUGAGAGCAAAGAUCCCCGGCUAGAUGGGAUAGACUCGCUGUCUGGAACUGAAGUCCCCCUGCACUAUGUCUGCAGGUUGUCCACUCAUGCCAUCCACUUGGUGGUCUUCCAUGAGAGGAGUGGCAACUACCUUUGGCAUGGCCAUCUACGACUCAAGGGGCACAUCGACAGGAAGUUUGUUCCUUUUCGAAAGCUACAGUUUGGCCGUUAUCCUGGAGCUUUUGACAGGCCAGAGUUACAGCAAGUUACUAUUGAUGGACUGGAAGUUCUCAUUCCAAAAGAUGUAGGACACUUUCUAGAAGAAAUACCACACUCGAGGUUUAUUGAGUGUAGGUAUAAAGAAGCUCGAGCAUUCUUUCAGCAGUACCUUGAUGAUAACACUGUGGAAGCCAUGUCCUUUCGGAAGAGUGCAAAGGAGUUACUUCAGCUAGCAGCCAAAACUUUAAAGAAAUUGGGAGUUCCAUUUUGGCUGAGCAGUGGAACUUGUCUAGGAUGGUAUCGACAGUGCAAUAUUAUUCCUUAUAGCAAAGAUGUCGACAUAGGUGUUUUUAUACAAGAUUACAAAUCUGAUAUUGUUGUAGCAUUUCAGGAUGCAGGACUUGCACUCAAACACAAGUUUGGGAAGGUGGAAGACAGCUUGGAACUAUCUUUCCAGGGAAAAGAUGAUAUAAAACUUGACAUUUUUUUCUUCUAUGAAGAGAUAGACCAUAUGUGGAAUGGAGGCACUCAGGCUAAAUCAGGAAAAAAGUUUAAAUAUCUUUUCCCCAAGUUUACUCUCUGUUGGACUGAAUUUGCAGACAUGAAGGUCCAUGUACCCUGUGAAACAAGUGAAUACAUUGAAGCCAACUAUGGUAAGACCUGGAAGAUUCCUGUAAAGACAUGGGACUGGAAGAGCUCGCCCCCUAAUGUGCAGCCCAAUGGAAUCUGGCCUAUUUCUGAGUGGGAUGAAGUUAUCCAGUUAUAUUGAGAUACUAGGGAUAACUGCUUAAAAAUCAUGUCUUUUGUCACAUUUAAGUGGAAGUCAAAGGGGAAAAACGAUAAGUUCAAAGACAGAGAAAAGUCCUAAGUCCUGAGCCAUCCACUUUAAUUGUAUCAUUCAGUAUUUUUUUAGUAGUCUCUACAUGCCAGGUAAAAUGCUAGGCUACAGUGGAGAAGCAGAAGUGAACUAGCAAAUGCUUUCUCUCCUGUCCCUUUGGGAAACAGCAGUUUUUCUCCCCCACCAUUUAAAGAGCUGAAGUAGAAUGCGAUGUAUUUUGUAAUCAAUUUUUUAGAUGUUAUGUUUAGAUUAGAAGAAAAGCUCACUGGGCAAAGCUAAGGAAGGAUAUACAAGUUAAAAAGAAUAAUCAAUUUUUGCCUGUCCUUAGCAUUUAAGCUGCUGUGUUGUAACAUUAAGAUUUUGGAGUCUCAGUAAAUAUUCUAGUAAUCAGACUUUAGGUAACAUCAAGAAAAAAGUGGUAGCAGAUUCAGUUUAUAAGCAAUCUGGUGUGGAAUUGAUUGUUUCUUAUUCUAUAAAAAAAAAGUGAGAACUUAUUUCAUACCUUGUCAAGAUAAGAAAAUUUCCAUCUUACUGUUUCCAUGUUUGAAGUGAAAUGAAAAAUGAUGCUUAAAUUUCCAACCAUUGUGAGAAUAUUUUUACUGACCCCUAAACAAUAAUUGUUGGCAAAUCAUUCAAACAAGACCAUAGCACCCAAAAUGAUUUGGAAGAGCUGUGAUUUCACCAAAUAUAUUUUUUAAAAUUUUUCUCCCCCACUCUUCUAGGUAAAAAUAUGAAUGAUUCAUGGAUAUCUUUCUAUCUUCUAUUCUGUUGGUCUAUAUAUUAAUUUUAAAACCUAUCUGUUCUUUUUCUACCAAUACUACUUAACAUCUCCAAAAUGGAAGGUAAAUAGUGAACCUGACUCUUCCUAGAUCAUAGUGUUUAUAAAGCUUCUGUUCAUUUCUAGUUGUCCAAUCUGCUGAAUAUUGAUGAGGCAAGAUCUUGGACUUUCCUACUUUAUCAAGGACCACCCA